GGCCGGGCACCAGGGAGCAUACUGGCAACGACACUCAGACAUAAUACGGCCUAACUUAGAUACCCAUGUCUAUGUUUAUGAGAGCCAAAAAGUCCUUCUCCACUUCUCUCAAAUCCUUGACUCGCUUUCAGAGGUGCAACCACACCACGCUAGGCGAAAGAAGUUUGCAAGCUGAAUUAUAUUCUAAAAUGGCUCCAGCGGCUAAUCCCACUCUUCCAUCAAUUGAUGUAGUUGACACGUCAAAAUGGAAGAAAAUCCAAGCAAGCAAGGUGGGGAUAUCUUCCUCUAUGAUUUCGCAUCCACCAUGGAUUGUAUUAGAUACUCUUCAUAAAGGAGGUUUUGAGGCUUAUUUAGUUGGCGGCUGUGUUAGAGAUUUACUACUAAAUAGAAUACCUAAAGAUUUUGAUGUGAUAACCACUGCAAAUCUUGAGCAGAUAAGAAAGAAAUUUCGUCGAGCUGUGAUUGUUGGACGAAGAUUUCCAAUAUGCAUGGUGCAUGUAAAAGGUUCUAUAGUUGAGGUAUCAAGCUUUGAGACAGUUGCAAAACAUAAUAAAGGAAAAGAAAAAUCCUUACCAUCUUUAAUCCCAAAAAGAUGCGAUAAAAAAGACUUAAUCCGCUGGAGAAACAGCAGGGUUCGGGACUUCACUAUUAACAGCUUAUUUUUUGACCCUUUUACGUGUAACAUCUACGAUUACAACGAUGGAAUGUCAGACCUGAAGUUGUUAAAGCUACGGACGUUAAUCCCUGCCCAUGUGUCGUUUCAAGAGGACUGUGCAAGAAUUCUCCGGGGCUUAAGAAUUGCAUCUCGUCUGCACUUGUCAAUUUCAGAGGAUACUGAGAGAGCAAUGCACGAUCUUUCGGCCUCCAUUGAGGGAUUAGAUAAGGGCAGAUUAGUGAUGGAAAUGAACUACAUGCUGUCAUAUGGAGCUGCUGUGCCAUCCAUCUGCUUGCUCGGGAGAUUUAACCUCCUGAACAUUUUACUUCCAUUUCAGGCAGCAUACAUUAAUCUACAGAGAUCUGCCAAGAAUUCAAUGAUGCUGAUGAAACUAUUCUUCAAUUUGGAUAAGUUGGUUUCUUGUGAUCAUCCUGCCGAUAGCAGUCUAUGGGUUGGAUUGUUGAUGUUUCACCUGGCAUUGGUAAACAACCCUCAAGAUGCUCUUGUUGUCUGGACCUUUGCUUCUGUUCUAUAUCAUGGAAAUUGGAAGUCAGGCGUUGAAUUUGCAAGAGAACUCGGUAUAUCAGAAGUUAAAUUUGUUCCUGAAAUCUCAGGAUUUUCAGAAUCUAAAUCAGAUGAAGAUCUUGCCAAAGAAGUUGCCCAGUUUGCAUCUUUAGUGCAAGAUUCUGUAUGGACAUUAACAAAGACUAGUAAUCUGCUUGAAUCAAUGUCAAGAUAUCCGUUUUCUCCAUGCUCUGGUUUGGUGUUUAUACCAAAGAGUACUGCAAAGAACACUGCUAAACUUUUUGACCGGAUAGUAGAAGAUAUUAGAUUUUUUUCAAAAGGAAGAAGGAGAAAAAGUCCUGAGAUUAACUAUUACCUGCUUGGGAAAGGGGAUCCCUGCGAGACAAGAUAUGCGCUUGGCAAAAUUAUUUUAGAAACAAUGAAGGCUGGUCCCUGUGCAGAUGCAGCAGAGAUAAUCACUGACGAGAAAGACGGCCUACAACCUAAGUUAAGUGGUGAAAUUUUGACCAAUAAUCAAUCUCCAAUGAAGAAGGAUAAAAGACGUGCCCCAUCCUUAUCUAAUUCCGAUGGCAAGGGAAGGAUGCCGAAGAAGCAAAAACUGGCUGAGACAAACCAGAAUCCUUCUAAUUCAUAUUCUAAAAAGAACCGGAAAGUGGUCGCGAAAGAUGAGCUGCAUGGCCAAGAAGCAACAGAAGUUAAAGAAGACGAGCAAAAUUUCAAAUUCCAAGGUAAACUCAAUCCAAGGAAACAUAUCGGAGAAGAAAGCAGGUGAUUUACGGGGUCGGGCAGUGGUAAAAAGGAGUCGAAUAGCAAAACCACCAACUAAUUAAUGAUUUAAAUGCUGAAACACCAGAUUCCUCCAGAUGUAGCAAAGGGGAAAAGGGAAGAAGAAAAGGAACAUGAGAAGAGAGCAAGCACAAGUCUUAAA